AUGGGUAUCGCUCGACAUACCAUUCGCAGCUGGCAGCACCAACGUUUCGAGUUGCUAGCGUACGACGGCAACAAGAAGUGCAACAAGCUUGUGCCUGGCGGCCUCUACGAGGAAUUCCCCUAUCUAAGUGAUUUAGUAGAGUUCAUAAAUCGUGUACGCGAUAACGAACGUGCUUUGACCACCACACACAUGAUUACGUGGAUCAAGCUGAACCAACGGGACUGGCUGUUCAACUACCUCUCUACCAAGAAGCCCUACGCUGCCUACAGCUCACUUCUAAAGCUUCUUCAGUGCUUUUGCAAACGGCACGGCUUUACCCGGCAGCGACCGACGAGGAAUAAACUCAAGCAGCUGUGUUGGCCGUUCCCGGUGUUCCACGCUUGUCGCACUCGCCGGCGGUUCGUGCCAUCAAUGAGAGCAUCUCCACCGCAUAGAGGGUGCGCUAGUAGAAUACGAGCCUACGAUGACGCGAAAAUCGUGAGCUUUCGCAUUACCUACUGCUACGUGGAGCUUCAUUACAGUAUACUGGUAGAGAUUAAGCGUACUGCCAACAUCGUCGUGACGCCACUGGCAUAA